GCUCUUUCAAAACGGGCCCUGCCCCUGUCCAUCGGGAGCGAGUGCAAACUGGCCGAACCAUUCGGGAGUACAUGCAUAUCAGGCCAGUGCAGUAGGUCACACCACGUUUAAAGGAAUAACACCAAUCCGACGAGGGUUAGGCGAGUUGGAACGAUGUACUUGUACACGCUAAUGUGCCUCAAAGUGCCACAAAGACAAGGAUGUCGAAACAGAAGAACCUGGAAUCGUCGUAAAAAGCGGCUGUACAUCAAUGACCCCCGUGCAGAAGCACCCCCUCAACGUUGUAAUGAGAAUAUUAUCAGUGCCAAGAAGACUUCCGGUGGUAUGGGUCCUGUAUGUCAGCCAUUGGAAAGGUGCUGGGACAGGAAGUCCCACUUCACAUUGCGCAGAAUGAAGCAAUGGACGCCCUCAUUCGAGACAAGUUGCAUGGGACUGGGCUGACCUUUGACUUCGAGUAGACAAUUGGAUGGCACUACUCAGGAAGUUUGCAGAGACAAAUUUCUUGAAAGAAAAUGUCAUGUAGUAAAUUACGUCUUGCCUGCCGUUCCAGUUUACAAGAGAAAGACUACUCACUUGCGUGAAAUGUAUGAACUUUUCAAAACCUUGUACGAGUGAAAACUGUGAACUUUUGAAAAAUUAUGGACCAUGUUGAUUGUAUUUUUAUACCUAUCCAGUAGCGGAUAAAUUAAAAACAAAGAAAUGAUAUUUUAGGUUUUGUACUGGCUUUGUUUGCUUUAGCCCGCUGUACAGAUUCAAACAGAAAUUUAUGCAAUAUUAUGGUGGUAUUUAGAGUUUGCAUGAUCAUUUCGUUAUUCAAUAAUGCCUGUAUGUUUCUAGGCAGCAUUUUAAAUGAAAUAUAAUUUCGUUUCUUUUGAUCUUUUGUUUAAAUAUUCUGUAUGAGAUGAAAUACAGAAUUUGGUUUACAUGUGGUAAAGUAUUUAACGGUACAUGUACUCACUUCAUUGGCUAGAAUGCUUCUCUUGAAAUUGUUGCAUCCUGCGAAUUUGGGCUGUUUUUUUUAAUUAAUAGAUGCAUACUUUGCUUUUUAUUUCAACACCUUUUUCGAUUAGGUAAUAGGUGCUCCAUUAAGAAGUUCGAAGUAACCCAACAUUGAGCAUUUGCAACAUGACAUGCAUUGUUAAAUGUUGCAACAUAUGCAUUAUUUUCGUUUUGCCCGAAUAAAUAAAAAGGUUAAGAAGCACCGAAUCGCAGUAAGCAGUUGUAGGCCAAUCACUCCGUGCAGUAGCACCCCCUCAACAGCGUAAUGAUGAAGAGCGCAUGUUUUGUUCACCCAUGAAGCACGUUAUUAGGUGAUAACGGUCCUGCUCGGAUUAGGAGUUUGGACUUUGCUUUCUAACUGUAAUUGUUGUUUGGUAUAAGCUGGGUGUGCAAUUGUUGGGCCCAAAAUAGUUCUGCUUCCUAAUACAUCUGAAAAUAGGCAUGUAGGAAUAUUAAUGCUGUUUUUAAUUGUUUUAGUGUGCAGCUAGGUUUGAACCAGUUUGAAUUAACGACAGCAAGAGAGGUCAGGUGGCAUUUGUUGUUUCGAAUGAAGGGUGGCGCAUGGCAGGACUGGCAGCUUGUGUUUCUGAAAAGAUACAAAUUGGCCCCGCUAACAUAGCUCUGUUGCAGUGAACUGUAAGCUCAGUUAAGGCAGCAACAUUCUGCAUGAAUCAUGGAUAAAUAUACCACUUUUGAGGAAUAUCAGCAGCUAUGGCAGAAAAGAGAUCUCUUGAACCUGCCCGAUGAGGAGUAUCAAGGAAUCAACCUGUAUCAUUGCAUGUCUGAAAAUACUGAACGUCUUAAAACAUGGACGACUAGGGAGGAUGAUAUCUGGAUUGUUACAUUCGUAAAAGCAGGCACAACUUGGGUCCAAGAGAUCGUGUCUUGCAUAAUGCAUGAUGGCGACUUGGGAGCUGUUAAUAACAAGCACACGACAUUUCGAGUGCUUUUCAUAGAGCACGAUUUUCCACAACAACUACGUCGACUGAAAAACCUCCCAGAUACUCUUCAAAUUGCGGAGGAGACACCUUCUCCUCGGAUUCUCAAAAGUCAUCUGCCUGGUCAGCUCCUCCCUCCUCAGAUAUGGGAGAAGAAACCCAAGAUUGUCUACGUCUUGAGAAACCCAAAAGAUGUUGUGGUGUCUUUCUUCUACUUCUCCAAAUUGUGCCGAAAUGACCCCAAGGUACUCAACAAGACGUUUGAUGAGUUCUUCCAAGAAAUGCUCGAAGGAACAAAUCACUAUGGGCCUUGGUGGGAUCAUUACCUGUACUUUUGGAAACGAAGACAUGACGAGAACAUUCUAGUGCUGCGAUUUGAAGACAUUAAACGGGAUCUGCGAGGCACUGUUGAGAACAUCAGUCAAUUUCUCGACAAGAAGCUGUCUAACGAGACAAUCGAUGCCAUUACGGAGCACUGCACGUUCCGUAAUAUGAAGAAAAACAAGAUGGCUCAACUCGACAGCCUGUUUGAUAAGAAAGACUUGCCUGAAGGAAGCUCUUUCAUGAGAAAAGGAAAGGUCGGGGACUGGAAAUCCCACUUCACGGUCGCGCAGAAUGAAGCAAUGGACGCCCUCAUUCGAGACAAGUUGCAUGGGACAGGGCUAACUUUUGACUUCGAUCACGUAGUGUCAGCUUACUCAAGGCAGCAACAUUCUACAGGAACCAUGGAAAAAUAUGUCACCUUUGAGGAAUAUCAGCAACUAUGGCAGAAAUCAAAUCUCAUGAACCUGCCCGACGAAGAGUUCGAAGGAAUCAAGCUGUAUCAAAGUAUGGCCAAGAACGUGGAAGGUCUCAAGACAUGGACAGUUAGAGAGGAUGAUAUCUGGGUCGUGACAUUCAUGAAAACAGGCACAACUUGGGUCCAAGAGAUUGUGUCCUGCAUAAUGCAUGACGGCGACUUGGACACUGUCAACAACAAACACACAACAUUCCGGGUGCUGUUCAUUGAGCAUGAUUUUUCGGAACAAUUACGUCUACUGAAAAAGCUCCCAGAUUCUCUCCAAAUUGCGGGGGAGACACCUUCACCGCGGCUUCUCAAAAGUCAUCUGCCUGGUCAGCUCCUUCCUCCUCAGAUAUGGGAGAAGAAACCCAAGAUUGUUUACGUCUUGAGGAACCCAAAGGAUGUUUCAGUGUCUUUUUUCCACUUUUCCAAAUUGUGCCGAAAUGAUCCCAAGGUACUCAACAAGACGUUUGAUGAGUUCUUCCAAGAAAUGCUAAAAGGAACAAAUCACUAUGGGCCGUGGUGGGAUCAUUACCUGUACUUUUGGAAUCGAAGACAUGACGAGAAUAUUCUUGUGCUGCGAUUUGAAGACAUUAAACGGGACCUACGAGGUACUGUUGAGACAGUUUGUCGAUUUCUGGGCAAGAAACUGUCUGAUGAGACUAUCAAUAUUAUUACGGAGCACUGCACUUUCAGUAACAUGAAGAGAAACAAGAUGGCUCAACUCGACAGCCUGUUUGACAAGAAAGACUUGCCUGAAGGAAGCUCUUUCAUGAGGAAAGGAAAGGUCGGGGACUGGAAAUCCCACUUCACGGUUGCGCAGAAUGAAGCAAUGGACGCCCUCAUUCAAGACAAGUUGCAUGGGACAGGGCUGAAAUUUGACUAUGAAUAAACAUUCAGAUGUCUGCACUCGAAAAGCCCUCGACGAGUAACACUGGAAUAUCGUAGACUUCUCUUAAUCAUGUCAUGCCACGUCAUGAGACGUGCUUUAGGCAAACAAGUGUACAGAUCUCCCACCCAAAUUAAAAACUGCAAAGGAUGACAAAUUAGGUGGUGACUUUUUCCAGUCCUAGGUACAUGAUUCCUGUUCUUUUUACAUGCGGUCGAAAAGCUACGGAUCAAUCAAUAGAGAACCUGUCCACGUUUUUAGCUUUCAAGUAGUGUACAAUGUUUACUUUUUGGAAUGAUUAAUGGCAAGGCCAGAUAUUUAAACGGAAUAGAACAAAACAGCUUCUUUUAUUCUGCAUAAAAUCAAGAAGUGAACGGAAUUCAUGCACUACAUAUCGUGGGGUUUGUAGGGCUUACCACAAUUGAUUGAGGAAUGUCGAGAAGGGAGAUACGUCGUAAUGCGAUGGAAAAUCUAUGUGAUCCAUGAGCAUUGAGGAAAAAUCAGCAAACAAUUAUUUGGCUAUCUACAAACAUCACGGUAGUAUCGAUCAAAAAAAAAUUAAACGUGACCACCAGCCGAAGGAAACUUGUACUUCCUGAACGUGACUGAGUCGAUUAAAUUCGUCCACACAAAGUAAACA